GAGGCGGAACAUGACAGCGAGAAUGUUUUCCUAUAAAUCAUCAUGACUGCAUUUUUUUAUGUUCGUUUACAUCUUGAUCUGACAUAAAUACACACGAAGCACAACAUCAGAAUGACGACAAGUUCUGUACCACUGCCGGAACUAGUAGGAACCGAUUUUCCAGAAGUGUCUUAUGACUCAUGAUCCACCAUUGAUUUUUCAUCCUACUUAGCCUUUUGAUUUUGAGAGAGUACGAGGUUUUUUGGGUGUUGGAGCCGGACCAUGGCCCAGUUGCAGAAUGGCAGGGAGGAGUCCCAGCUUACCAACGGCGUCGAAGCUGAUGACUCACUGGACCAGCUGGCUGGCCGUAAAGUCAUCGGAGAACAUUUCAAUAGUAAUAACAACACAGAACCAGAACCACAAGAUAAUGGGGAAUCGAGUGAACCUUUGUACACGAAUCAUUUUUUUGUGAAUGGAACUGCACCAACCGAGAGUGAACUUCUCCAACACAUCAGUGAUGCUAUUUCAAAUUUCAGUCUAAAUCCAAGACCAACUUCAGAAUUAUUCUCUACUCCUCAAGCAACACCACCACCACAACGCCUGCCUGCUGUUGCUCCAAAACCGUCCACAAGUAAAAACCCACAACCGAACCAUCAGCAGCGUGUUCGGGGCAAGUCUGCCAGCCAAAUGGGUUACCAGUUUCAUGUCAAUGAAAAUGCUACCAAGGAAGUUGGUUCCCAUCCGCAAGGGGCAGAGGCCCAGGGCGAUGGUGAGAACAGAACUCUGAGGUUUGUCGGGAAGCGAGGCCUUACUACGGGAGAUGGUGAUGAUAUUACAAGUGCAAAAGGAACUGUUAGGGGCGUCACUAACAGAGUUAGGGCGGGUAUUAUGAACUUCAAUUACAAGCCGCUAAGCAAUGCAAAGAAAGCAGUAAAUAAUGAAGAUGAGAGGGAUAAGAUCAUCGUCUAUACCACCAGUAUGCGGAUUGUCAGACAAACAUUUGAGGAUUGUCAGUUUGUCCGCAAGCUGUUCCAGAAUCACAGGGUGCGUUUUGAGGAGCGAGAUCUCUUUAUGAACUCUCAACACCAGCAAGAGUUGAUAGACAGACUGGAAGACACGCAGCAGGUCACUCUGCCUAUUGUGUUUAUUGAUGGAGAGCUAGUUGGGGAUGUAGAGACGCUGGAAGAGUUAAAUGAGACAGGACAGCUGAGGAGGAUUCUAGAGAGAUUUGAGAAGUUUGUUCCGACAUCUGACUGCAGGGAGUGUGGAGGAUUUCGUUACGUUCCUUGUCGUGUCUGCAGUGGCAGCAAGAAAUCACUCAACCGUAACAACUUUACUGACCAGUUUCAUGCUCUGCGCUGCUCGUACUGUGACGAGAACGGACUCCAGAAAUGCUCAUUGUGCAAUAAAUGAUCAAUAAAUGAUGAAAGGUUACCAUAGCUACAUACGUAGUGAUAGAGGGAAAGCUUUUAUUAAGCUAUUGACAGCAGUGGAUGAAGAUUGAUAACACUACACCCUAUUGAUAAACUUAUAUGUCCAUCUAUUGUGUGUUUACAAAGUGUCCCAAAGUACAACUAGAGUUGCAUAGAUUGAGCUGAAAUACAUGUGCAGAUAGUGAAAAUAUUGCUCACUGCGUAAUAAUAUGUUAUAAAGUGCAAUCACCUAAAACAGAACUUCAUGGCUUUGUUCUCUCUGUUUAAAACUAACUCUUGUUGGAAAUUUCACAAGGGAUUUUAGGCAGUGUAGUAAAGGUCCUUUCACACAUCAAUGAUUUUGAAUUUUUCAAGGUUCAGGACACUUCAUUGCAGAACAUUGUAGUGAUAUUACAAAGACAAUUCAAGACACUUCAUUGCAGAACAUUGUAGUGAUAUUACUAAGAAGAUUCAAGGUGAUUGUAGAUUCAUACAUUGGCUGGGGUCCAUUUCAACAGUUAGUAACUUAUGAAUAAUAGUCACUGUAACUCACCCAAUAUAUUGAACAUGAAUGUAAGAGUGUAUGUUGCAUGUUCUGUUGUGCCUGGUUGUAAAAAGUCUAAGUCAUUAUACAGUUCUCUUGUAGUCCAAUUACAGGUUCAUGUAUUCUCUGUAGAGUUAUGAGUAUACUGUAAGUAUAUUGUGCUUAUCACUCAAUGGUGUUGGGUACUAAAAUACUGUCCGUCAAGAUUGGAAUUGUUUUAUGGUUUUGUGAAAAUGGAGCACAAUAUUAGCCCUGUGUAUUCUUACAGGCAGAUAAUAUUCCAAUGUUUUUUUUAAUGAAAUUGUAUGAAUUAAACGUUGUUGCAAUUGUCUUUUUACUUGUUUUUCACUAAGUGUUACUAUUUAAGAUCUAUAAAUUAUUUGGUUUUCCUAAUGCAUGUUUUCUUCAAGAAAAUGUUCUUGCUGGUUGUCCAGUUCCUAAUGGCGCACUAUAAUUUCCUGAUUUUGUUCACUUGCAAUACAUUUGGGUACUUACCCUGGAAAUGUUGGUACAUGUACAUGUAUAACGACACAACUGGCUAUCCAUUACAUGUAUGAUUAAUUUGAAUGUACUAGUGGCUUUACAUAUUAAUACCGAAAGUUCACACUUUGAAUUUCGCCGUCAGAAAGUGGAGAGAUUAUCAGUAGUGAAUACACCAAAUCUUACAAUGUGUGAGCAGCUAGUACUGCCAUUUUCAUUUUGCAAUGGGCACUUCCAUUUCCAGUGGUAAACUUUGAAAAGUGUAAUUCCAGGCCUGUAUAAUUUUUAUAGUAGAAAACACUGGAAUGGGACCAUUAACAUGGAUUGUUGCAGUUGUACAUACCUAGCUGUUUGUUGGACUAACAUAGCACCAUUGAUGAAGAGCCUAGUAAUUUCCAUUUCAAUUCCAUGGUCAUUCCAAGCUAACAUUCAUAAUUGCUUGGAUGUUUAUACAUGCUUAUAUUACAGCCCAUAGCAAAGUGGUUUGGAGGGCACUCCAUUUACCAACGUCUGACAACUUAAUUGUUUUUUUCCCCAUAACAUAUUAUACAUUCUUGUUGGAGAUACGGUGUAUGUGGUAACAUUGCAAAAUAAACCUGUACCGUAUUCUUCUCUAGUGUUACACAUUGUCUGUACAUUUUGACAGUUAUUAAAAACAUUGCAGCACAUUGGCAGACAAAACUCCAAUUAGUUUCAAUUGCAGCAAGUUGUUAAAAGGAAUGCAUUAUUCAAACACAAUGUUUAUUUGGGGAAAAGGAAGGUAGGAACUUGAAGUGAAAACAUGUUGGAAUGUAGCCCUGAAGCUAUUUUUGGUUGAUACUGGGUUAGGAUAUAGCUACAUAGCAUAUUUGCCUGCUGUUAAGUGCCCAUACAGCGACCAUUGUAAUACAAAUGCUAGCAGCAAAUGCAUAAAAAUUGCACUUGAUGAGCCAAAAUUAUCAUUGAGAUUUUCAUUCUGACUGGGUCUUUAUUAUUGCAUUCAUAAUGGAGCACCAUUUAAGGUGUGCUGUGAUUUGAGCCAUGCAUAAUUAACCUGAAGCACAAUGGGUAAUUAAAGAGCUUUGGAGACAACAGCCAGAUUCCAUCUAUGGUCUUAAUUGUAUACAGAAAAAGAAAUGGCUGUUGCAGACGGCUUUACCGCAAGUGAACUGUUGUAUAAAUGCAAAAAUUAGCCCAUGUUUGCCCCAAACAUAUUUUGUAUAUAAGAGGCUUUUUGAGAAUGUCUUUGCUAUAGCUGAAAUAUGAGGCCAUUUACUGCUCAUUGCACUGAAGUUAAAUACCCAUGUACUACCUGCCUGCCUAGGAAAUGUCUUUUCUCCCAGAUGUUUUGUUUGGUUUUUAAAUUGGACUGAUUUCAUUCAAAUUUGCCUGUUAAUGUAUUCCUGUUAUUUUAUUUUGUAACUAUGAAUUGAUGUGUUUUUUUAAAUGUUGUGUGAAUUAACUUUAUGACAUUCCCUGGAAUAGUUUAAUAUUUAUAGCAGUAGAUUGAACGAAAUAAUGAUUACUUCUUAAACCAGCUUCAUUGUUCACAUCAAAACACUGUGGUUUAAAGCACACUAUUACUGGCAUUUUGAUGGUCCUACAUUUUAAGGCGUGUUUUACAUUUUAUGGAAUUGAAAGGAAGUAGAAUUUGUUACAUCCAAACUGUGAAACAAGUAUGACUUCAUCAGCCAUGCCUCAGUUAUUAGCUUUGCAAUGCGCAAUUGUAAUUUGCUCAUUCUGAGCAUUGAGACAAGGGUUCAAUUUCAAUUUAAGAAUUCUGCGCUAACAGAUUCCUAUAAACAUGAUAAAGUACAUUAUUCUCUGGUUCAUAACCAAAUCAACAGAUCAAUAUAAAGUUACAAAGUACAUGAUUCUUUGGCUCAUAGUAAGUGCAGAUACCUCAUUAUUAUAAUAGCAUGUGAGUGGGCAACUUGCAAAAUGCACCAGGGAAUGCAAUGCUGUUUGAUUAAUGCAUUUGACAUGCACAAUGUUAUUGUGAAGAAACUACUGUGUUUUUGUGUGUGAAUAGUGAACCCUAUGGUUACAAGUAUGGCGUCUUUCAUAAUACAAUGUAUGGAAUGUAGAAAUCAAUUAUCUUAAGAACGUUGACUAAACUAAUAUGUACAGAAAUCUCAUUCAGUCUUUCAGUAAUUCACAUUUUAGAGUAAAACAAUGUAUUCAGAUUUUGUAUGUAUAUAUGGCCCAAAGUUCAGUAUGAGAAGAUAAUAUUAAUAUUAUAAGUCGAGAUUUAACGUCAGAGUACGGAUAAUUCGUUUUUUGAAAUAUUGAAUUAACACCCUAUUUUUUAAUCAGAUUUUGGAUAUAUUUUAGUGAGCUUUAACUAAAGUUUUCAGUGAUUGGAAGUUUCAUUUUAAAGAGAGUAAAUUGUACUUUUUUUAAGGUGGUUUAUGUUAUAAUUCAUGAUGGCUUAAUGCCAGUGUCAGUGUGCGUUACAUUAUCACUGCUUCUAAGUAGCGAAUAGACCUAGUGGGAAGCGUUUGUAGUCGAAGGAAGUUUUAGUAGAAUAAGUUAUUCUCUACAAAAUAUGCACAAACAGGCAAGUUUUGUCACUAAAUACUAUGACAUCAGAUAUUUUCUUAAAAAGUAUUGCAAUUUUUGGGGGGAAUUUAGGUUAAAAACUUUCCCAAUGAUGGACAAAAAAAUGAAAAUGUGGAAGUUUAACUUAAAAAAGUUAUAAAUUUGAAAAUGUAAAAGAACUGUUCUUAGUUUUUAAAUGUUGGAUAUGAGCACCUAAUUUGGCAAAUAGAACAUUGUAUUUAGGGGGACUAUUGCCAUGAUCAUAGUGUGCUUAUAGCUUUACCUGGACACAUGAACUCUCACCCAGUCACUGAAAGCGCAUUUGUUGGCCUUUGCAAAGAGCCCCAUCAUAAUUAAUUAAAUUUUUAUGGGAUGACUUGCGCGCCCCCCAUAGUAACUUGGUGAGAGUUUAUAAUUCCAUGCACAGACACAGUCCUGCUUUAAUCAUGGUGUCAGUUUCCUUAAAACUAAAGGUACAUACAGGGAGUUUUACAUCAUGACAUAAUGAUGGCUUUGCAAACUAAACAAAUCCCUUUAUGGUUGAACAAAUUAUGCAAAAUGAUAGUAAAUGGCAUCUUGGUAAGUAACUAUGCAUAUACAGAGUAUUCUUAUUUUUAAAUGGUAAAAUGGCUUAAUAAUGUUCUUCAACAUUUGAGAAAUGAAUCAUGACAUUUUCUAAGACACUUUUUUACAGAAAUAGAAUUAUUUGAUGUUUAAAGAUGAUUGAAGGCACUCGGCACGUUUGGUAAUGACUUAAAAUAUAUAUAAGCAUACACAAUUACUCUUUCUUACACGCAACAGAGAAUUGCUAAUAAUAAUAUAAAACAUUGUGACAAGUGACUCCCAGAGUGUAGUUUUUGAGAAAAAAGGUAGUUU